AUGGCCGAUAUUGCUGCUGCUCGGAAGACGGGCUCCGCCUCUUUGCAUGAGGAGCACGCCGACACAGUCCCUGAAAAGGGUCUGGGUCUGGGACAUCAGGCCGCUGAUGAUGAGACUGCGGCGUAUACUGCUGGAAGUCCUGUGGAGAUCGACAAGGCGACGAACCGGAGGUUGUUUUGGCAGAUCAAUAAGCGGAUUCUUGUUUGUAUGCUGGGGACCUACUUUUGCCAAUCGCUCGACAAAGGAACUCUGGGUUUCAGUUCGAUUAUGGGUAUUCAGAAGGAUGCAGGUCUUGAUGGAGACAAGUACAACUGGCUGGGGACGAUUCUGUACAUUGGUGUCUUGGUGGGCGAGUACCCGACCAACUUUCUCCUGCAGAAGUUGCCUGUCGCAAAGUAUCUUGCUGGAAAUGUAUUCCUCUGGGGAGUUGUCAUCAUGUGCAGCGCAGCCGCUACCAAUUUCCCAGGUCUAAUGGUCGUCCGAUUCCUCCUGGGUGUCUUUGAAUCCUGCGUCCAACCCGCCUUUAUCAUCAUGACAUCCAUGUGGUUCACCCGCGAGGAACAGACCGUCCUCACGAGUCUAUGGUAUUGCAUGACCGGUGUUCAACUCAUGAUUGGUGGUAUCCUCGCCUGGGGCACAAGCCACUACAUUGGCCACCACAUCAAAUCCUGGCAACUGCUCUUCCUCGUCCUCGGCGCCGCCACCUGCGCGUGGGGCCUGUUUUUGGGGUGGUACCUCCCCGACAGCCCCAUGAAAGCCAAAUGUUUCAGCGAAGACGACAAACGGUUGAUGAUUGAGCGCGUGCGCGCCAAUGACACUGGCAUCCAGAAUAAGCAGUUUAAAAAGUACCAGAUGCUCGAGGCCCUCACGGACCCGAUUGUCUGGCUGUAUGUGCUGUUGCAGCUGAGCAGUACGCUUAUCAUCGGUGGUCUCGGCGUGUUUUCGAAUAUCAUCAUCAAGAGCUUUGGGUUCACGACGCUGCAGACGCAAUUGUUGAAUAUUGCGCAGGGUGGCGUUACCAUUUCAGUUAUGGUGGGCGGGGCGUCGCUCGCGACGUGGAGUCGCCGGACGGUUUUUGUUAUGCAUCUGUGGACUUUCCCUGCCAUCGCAGGCACAGCCGUCAUCUAUUCAAUCUCCCCAACCUCGGCCACACGCGUCGGCCUGCUCAUCGCCUUCUACUGCACGCAAUUCAUCCUCGCAGAGGGAAACCUGCUCUUCUCGCUCAUCUCCCGCAAUGUCGCGGGGCAGACGAAGAAAUCGACCGUCCUCGCUAUAACCUUUAUCGCGUGGGCCGCCGGAAAUGCCACUGCGCCGCAGAUCUUCCAAUCAACCGACGCCCCCCGCUACGCAAAGGGCUUCACAGCGCACUUCUGCCUGUACGGGCUGUUCAACGUCCUUCUCGUCGCGAUCCGGUUCCUGUAUAUGCAGAGGAAUAAGCAGAAGGUUGCCGUUCGCGGUGAAGGGGAACGGGACCACGCGAAUGCGUUUUUGGAUCUUACUGAUAAGGAGAAUGUGGAUUUUGUGUAUGUUUAUUAG